AUGAAGCUGCUCACGCACAACAUGCUGACGUCUCACGUGAAGGGAGUUACCAAGGGAUACCCGCUGCUCAUUAAGGCCACCGAGGUCAAGGUGAAUGAGGUGGACUUCAACCCUCAGUUUGUCUGUCGGAUGAUCCCCAAACUGGAGUGGGGUCCCCUGGUCCAGGCGGCUGGGGAUCUGGGUCAUCGACAAGACCUGCCCGACGAGCUGAUGCCAGAUUAUGACAAAAACGAAGAGUUCCUGAAGAAGGUGCACCGCGUGCUGCUGGAGGUGGAGGUGAUCGAAGGAUGCCUGAAGUGUCCCGAAUCGGGACGCGAGUUCCCAAUUUCCAAAGGAAUCCCCAACAUGCUUCUGAACGAGGACGAGGUGUAG